CGGGGGUCGGUAACGGGCCGGGGCCGGGCGGGGGGCGCUGAGCGGGGCCGCUCCGCUGCCCGGGGCCCCCCGCGCCCCAUGGACCCCGACGUGGAUUACGAGCGGCCCAACGUCGAGACCAUCAAGUGCGUCGUGGUUGGCGACAACGCCGUGGGCAAGACGCGGCUGAUCUGCGCCCGCGCCUGCAACGCCACGCUGAGCCAGUACCGGCUGCUGGCCACACACGUGCCCACCGUGUGGGCCAUCGACCAGUACCGCGUCUGCCAGGAGGUGCUGGAGCGCUCCCGGGAUGUGGUGGACGAGGUCAGCGUCUCCCUGCGCCUCUGGGACACCUUUGGGGACCACCAUAAAGACCGGCGCUUCGCCUAUGGCAGGUCGGACGUGGUGGUGCUCUGCUUCUCGCUGGCGAACCCCAACUCGCUGCGGCACGUGAAGACCAUGUGGUACCCCGAGAUCAAGCACUUCUGCCCGCGCACCCCCAUCGUGCUGGUGGGCUGCCAGCUGGACCUGCGCUACGCCGACCUGGACGCCGUCAACCGCGCGCGCCGGCCGCUGGCCAAGCCCAUCAAGCCCUCGGACAUCCUUCCACCGGAGCGGGGCCACGAGGUGGCCCAGGAGCUGGGGGUGCCCUACUACGAGACCAGCGUGGUGGCCCAGUUUGGUGUCAAGGACGUGUUUGACAACGCCAUCCGCGCCGCGCUCGUGUCCCGCCGCCACCUGCAGUUCUGGAAGUCCCACCUGCGCAAGAUGCAGCGGCCGCUGCUGCAGGCGCCCUUCCUGCCCCCCAAGCCCCCCCCGCCCCUCAUCCAGGUGCCCGACGCCCCCCCGGGCCUGGGGGGGGGCCCGGCCGCGCUGUUCCAGGCCCCGCUCUGCGCCGACGUCGUCUUCCAGCUGCAGGGCGGCCACCGCGUCUUCGCCCACCGCGUCUACCUGGCCACCGCCUGCUCCCGCUUCUACGACCUCUUCACGCUGGAGGAGCCGCCCGGCGAGGGGGACGGGGACACCCGUGACCUGUCAUCGUGGGGCCGCGGCUUCCUGAGCCUGCGCUGGGAGGCGGUGGCCGACCCGGUGGCAGGGCGGGAGCGGCGGAUGGCGGUGGUGGCCAUGGACCGGGGCGUGCGGCCGGAGCCGCUGCGCGCCGUGCUGGAAUAUCUGUACACCGGGAAGCUGGAGAGGCCCCAUGGAGACCUGAGGCAGGUGGGGGCCGUGGCAGAGCUGCUGGAGGUGUUCGACCUGCGCAUGAUGGUGGCCAACGAGCUCAACCAGGAGAGCUUCAUGAACCAGGAGAUCACCAAGGCCUUCCACGUGCGCCGCGCCAACCGCGUCAAGGAGUGCCUGGCCAAGGGCGUCUUUGCAGACGUGGUGUUCCUCGUGGAUGACGGCGCGGUGCCGGCGCACAAGCCGCUGCUCAUCGCCGGCUGUGACUGGAUGAGGGCCAUGUUCCGGGGGGGCUUCCGCGAGAGCUACGCCAGCGAGGUGUCGCUGCCCGGCACCAACUGCGCCUGCCUCCGCGCCGUCCUCGACUUCCUCUACACCGGGGUCUUCACCCCCACGCCCGACCUGGACGCCAUGGAGCUGCUGAUCCUCACGGACCGGCUGUGCCUGCCGCGCCUGCAGGCGCUCACCGAGCAAUACGCCGUGGACGAGCUGCUCCGGGCCUUCAUGCAGCGCGUGGAGAUCGACGAGCAGGUCAUCAUCUACCUGGAGAUGACGCAGUUCCACAACGCCCGGCAGCUGGCGGCGUGGUGCCUGCACUACAUCUGCACCAACUACAACCGCGUGUGCCGCCGCUUCCCCCGCGAGAUGAAGUUCAUGUCCCCAGAGAACCAAGCGCAUUUCGAGCGGCACCGCUGGCCCCCGGUGUGGUACCUGAAGGAGGAGGAUCUGUACCUGCGCUCCAAGAAGGAGCGGGAGCGCGAGGAGCAGCUGCAGCGCAAGCAGCACCCCCGCAGCAAGUGGUGCUUCUGGAGACCCUCACCCCCCGUGUCCUGAGCGGGGGGCUCGGGGAGGGGACCCCCGUGUGGGGCUGGGGGGCUCGGGAGGGCUGGGAGCCCCUGUGCUGAGCAGGGGGUUCGGCCCCGGGGUCCCCAUGCAGGGUGAGGGGGCUCAGCUGGGCUGGGGGUCCCUGUGGUGAGUGGGGGGC